UGGCGGCGCGCGAGGCUGGGGCUCAGCCCUGGGUUGGGCUCUGCCCGGGAUUGGAGUCCGCGCUCUUGUGGGGUCGGCGGUCCGCCCCCAUGGAGCCCGCCGAGCGCUUGCAGGCGGCGCGGGCCCGGGUGCCCAGGGUCGAUCCGUAUGGGUUUGAGAGGCCCGCAGACUUUGAUUACGCAGCUUACGAAGAAUUCUUUUCCACGUACCUGGUGAUACUCACCAAGAGAGCCAUAAAGUGGUCCAGACUUCUGAAGGGCGGCGGCGCCGUCCGGAGAAGCGCCACAGUGAAACGCUACGUCCGGAAAGGGAUCCCGCUGGAACACCGGGCCCGUGUCUGGAUGGCAGUGAGUGGAGCCCAGGCCCAGAUGGACCAGAACCCUGGCUACUACCACCGACUGCUCCAGGGAGAGCGAAGUUCCUGCCUGGAGGAGGCCAUCAGGACAGACCUGAACCGGACCUUCCCGGACAAUGUGCGUUUCCGGAAGACGGCCGAGCCCUGCCUGCAGAAGACCUUGUACAACGUGCUGCUGGCGUAUGGGAUGCACAACCAAGGCGUGGGCUACUGCCAGGGAAUGAACUUCAUAGCAGGAUAUCUGAUUCUCAUAACGAAGAAUGAGGAAGAGUCUUUUUGGCUCUUGGACGCUCUUGUUGGAAGGAUACUGCCUGAUUACUACAGCCCUGCAAUGCUGGGCCUGAAGACUGACCAGGAGGUCCUUGCGGAACUGGUGAGGCUGAAGAUGCCCGCGGUGGCAGCCCUGAUGGAGGGACAUGGCGUGCUGUGGACCCUGGUGGUGUCCCGCUGGUUCAUCUGCCUGUUUGUGGACAUCCUGCCGGUGGAGACAGUGCUGCGCAUCUGGGACUGCUUAUUCAACGAGGGCUCCAAGAUCCUCUUCCGGGUGGCCCUGACUUUGAUCAAGCAACACCAGACAUUCAUCCUGGAAGCCACAAGCGUUCCAGACAUCUGCGACAGGUUCAAGCAGAUCACCAGAGGGAGCUUUGUGACCGAGUGCCACACAUUCAUGCAGAAAAUAUUCUCAGAGCCAGGGAGCUUGUCCAUGACGACCAUCACCAGGCUGCGUGAGAGCCAUGGUGCUGCACUGCUGGCACAGGGCUGACAGCUCCCUCUUCCCUGCCCCGCUGCCCGUGGGCCCAUGACCAUUCCUACUGCCCCCUUGUCAGGUUGUGAAUGCCUGAUGUCACUGCACUGCAGCGGUAGGUCUAGAGAGACCUCCGAUCCUGUCACUCAGGCUGUGAGAUCAGAUUCCAACAGCAUUUAUAUUUAAUAAAGUGUGAGCACUGA